AUCUUAUCGACAGUAUCUCAAACAAUUUAAUCAUCAGAAUAUGAAAAUUCAAUGUUCUUUAGCUACGAAUGUAUAUUUACGUUCAAUAAUUGAUUUGACGACAGCAUAUUAUUUCAAAUGUGAUUAUUCCGAAAUUAUUGAUAAUCUUGAUCGUUCUGUAUAAUGUUCAAUAUAUUUAUGAAUCAUUGUUUUACUCGAAAAAGUCAACUAACCUCACUGAUAAAAAUAUCACGUGUAAAUUUACAAAUUCGUUAUAAAUCCGCAAACCCAAAAAUGGUUUUAAAUAGCGGUGAAGCAUUUUUAUAUCAUGAAAAUGGAGCAGAAACAUUUGAUUUUAUGUUUCGCUUUGAAUAUCCUACUUUAAAUGUGAAUCGUCAAUUUAACUUUUCAAGAAACAUAAGUGAAAGAGUUGAUGCAUUUCUCAAUAGAAUCAAUUGCAAUGUUACUAAAAUUAUAAUUAGAAAGAGAAAGAAAUAUAGUGAAGAAGUGGAUGAAGUUAUAAAAAAAAAUAUAUGCUUAUACAAAAACGAUAUUAAAGUCAAUGGUGAUACUUUAUGUGAAACAAUUUUAGAAGAUGUAAAUAAUCUAAAAUUAGUAAUUUUUGAUACUACAUUUGUUAUAAAGAAAAAUAUGCCGAUUGUUAAUGUUAUAACAUUACCAUCAUCAUUAUUAUGUGGCUUUCCAUUAUAUCCUAAUAAAUUUGAAUCAUUGUAUACUAAUAAAAAGUUAUCUAUUUUUAAAUGGUACAAAAACGAUAUAAACGAUCCUAAAAAAAUUUGGUUGCACAUUGGAGAUGGAUAUUUGUAUACACCAAAUGCAUCUGAUAUUGGUUAUAGAUUAAAGUUAAAUUGUACUCCACAAAAUGAGAGAGAAAGUGGACCUUCCAUUGAAGUGGAAUCUAAGAAAGUUGUAGAAGCAGGUCCAGGAAAUUGCCCAUUUGAUACUCGUCAUAUGUUUACAAAAUUUAAGUUAACAGGCAAGAGUUUUAGAGUUACAUCAUAUAAUAUAUUAGCUAAUGUAUAUGCCAGUACCAGUUACAGUAAAGAAAAUUUAUUUCCAUAUUGUCCAGAAUAUGCUUUAGAGAUAGAUUAUCGAAAACAACUUAUACUGAAAGAAUUAAUAGGAUUUAACUCAGAUAUAAUUUGUCUUCAAGAAGUAGAUAAUAAGAUUUAUGACAAUGAUCUUAUGCCAACUUUAUCUUUACUACAAUAUAAAAGUAUGUUCAAUACAAAGAAUGAAUCAUCAGAGGGUCUUGCAAUAUUUUUUAAUGAAGAAAGAUUUGAACAACUGAGUUUUGAUUGUACUGUUAUAGGGCAUAAUACUGAAAUGCCUAAAUUUGCACUUAUUUGGUCAAAAAUACAGAAUGAAAAAGUAAAGAAACGGUUUUUACAGAGAAAUACAACUGCACAGGUAAUUGCACUGCGAUCAAGAGAAAGACCAUUAGAUGUUUUAGUUAUUGCUAAUACACAUUUAUAUUUCCAUCCUGAUGCAGAUCAUAUACGUUUGUUACAAGCAUAUUAUAUUUUAUUGUAUAUAGAAAAUCUCAUAGAAAAGAUAAAACAAGAGCACCCUCAAAGCAAUGUUAGCAUUUUGUUAUGUGGUGACUUUAACAGUGUACCUGAAUGCGGUAUUUAUCAAUUAAUGACUGAAAACUAUAUACCUGAAAAUUAUAAGGAUUGGAGCAGCAAUUUGGAAGAAACUGUGAAGGGUGUAUCUUUAACUUACAAUGUUCGUUUUGCAAGUGCAUGUGGAACACCAAUAUAUACAAAUUACACACCAGAAUUUUCAGGCUGUUUAGAUUAUAUAUUUUAUGAAAAAAAUAAACUUGAAGUAGAGCAAGUAAUUCCAAUGCCUAAUGACGAAGAACUUGCUUUAUAUGUUGGUUUACCUUCUAUAGUACUUCCAAGUGAUCAUAUAUCACUGUGUGCUGAUUUAAAAUGGAUCACAUAAUAAAUGAUACAAUGAAUGAUUUAUGUAAUAAAUAUGAUUCCAUUUGUACAUAAAUACUAAAGAUAAAAUAAAAAAAAGAAAGUAUAUUA